AUGCGGGUUCGAAGCUUUAAGGCAUGGAAGACACUCUGGGGCCUCGGGGCCCAACUUCCGCUGCCCGACAGCAACGAAGAAGAUGGAUACCGAAACAUGAAUGAACGCAUCCAGGCCUUCUCGUGGGCCAAAGAAGUGGCUACAGGCAGAGGCCUUCUGGCGUACUGCAAUGAUGUCGAAGAAGUAGCUGUAAUGGCGGUCCAGCUCUUCUCACAGGCAAAAGAAGGUGACCCCUCGAGUGAAGAGACGCGAUGGGACAUCCAAGAAGUUGGCCGGUUUGAUGGUAGAGGGAGACAUAUUAAGGAAGACGCUGUGGAUAUCACAGAUCCCGAUUACGUGCCCCAUGGGAGUGCCUUUUCCUUGAAAUGGAGCCCAUGGUUCAAUGACCAAGGCAAAAGGGUUGCUAUUCUAGCAUAUUUGGCAAAGAAUCAUGUCGGGUUCCGAAAGAUCACUAUCCUCGGCAAUUGGGAGAAGGGCCACCCUCCACACAUCGAAGUCGAGAAGGCGGAUAUGGCAGCCAUUUGCAUGUUUCUAUCAACGGAUGCAUAUAUCGAGUGGGAAGAUCUGCCCGAGAUCGUAUAUGACGAUGGUAAGCCCGUAGCCAGGGGCGUGGUCGCUGAUCCCUUCAAUGUGAAGCCGUUUCAGGUUUCGUUUGUUGGCGGCGCUGAGGAGUUGGCUGGCGCUCACUAUACUUGGGAGUGCUCGACAACGUAUUCCAAGGAAGAUGAAAUAGUCUCGUCGAAUCCUGUUUCUGGUACACAAUUCUCACAGGCUUUGCACAAAACCCUUCUAACAGCAGCUUAG